AUGCGACGCAGCCUCGCGGGUAGAGCCGUGGGGUCCAGCCAAGGAUGGCUGACCAGAGGUCCGGCGAGGCACCGGGAGCGACACGUCGGCGGCGAGGGGCUUGCGGGUCGCGCGAGGCAAGGCGGAGGCGUCGGGCUCUGGUGGUGCAGCAGCAGGGAUGGUGCCGACGUUGCAGGUGCUUGGCGCGGCAACCAGCGGCGUCGAGCGGAUCGGCACGGGCUGAGGUGGAGUUGGGGCGCUCGGGUCGCGGAGGUGCCUGGUGUCGCGGUGGCGCGGCUCCGGCUGGGGUGCGUUGGGCUGAGGCGAGCAGUGACGGUGCUGGCUCCGGCGACGUCGGGCAACGGAUCCGGAGUUGCAGGUGUUGGCUGGGCCGUGCUCAGCGCUGAUCGCGGGUUGCAGAGACGCGGAAGCGUCGGGCUCCAAGCAGAUGCGCGGGCUGGGCGACGCUUGGCGUCAGGCGGGGCAGCGACGGCGUCUGGCGGAGGCGCGGCGAUGCUCAGGGGGAGCGGCGAGACCGGUGGCAAGGCGUCGGUGACAGUGCUGGGCUAUUGGUCGCGGUGGGCUUCAGCCCCAAGCGGCGUCGGGCGGCGCGAGCUUCGGGUGUCGGGUGAAGCCAGGGGCAAGCGAACCAGUGGCGGUGUGGAGGCGCGGCGGAGCUUUGGAGAUCAACGGGCGGCGUCGCGGGCAGAGCAGGGGUGUUGCAGCGGCGCGGCGUCGGUGAGGGCGAGAGCGCGGUCGUCGGGCGCGGUGCGAGGUCCCCUCCUGGGUUUUGAAAUUCCCGCUGUGGUAGUUGAUGCCACUCUAGGUGAGAGUGCAACCGACCCUCCUGAUGGUGCUGUGGAGGACCCGGUGCCCCCGGAGCCUGUGGAGACCAAAGGAUUGGCAAAUGUAUCCAGCUAG